AUGUCGCUACUACGAGCCACCCGAUUGAUCAGCACCUCCCGCGCUCGUCUCCAGGUCAUCCCCAACAUUGCCGCUCGACCGCAACACAGACAACUCUCCUCCACAGCCGUCAGAAGCGCCGGCGACCACGCACACGAAGACCACUACGACCCUCCCGGUGGCUGGCUCUGGGGUAUCAAGCCAGGAGAGAAGCCUGAAGCUGAAGGCUGGGAGAAUAUCUGGUUCUACGGCUUCUUUGGAAGCUUGCUUUUUGGUGUAGUCGGAUACUGCUAUAAGCCUGACACAAGCAUACAAACAUGGGCUCUCGAGGAGGCGCGAAGACGGCUGGAAGCAGAAGGUAUUCUGGAGGAUCCGGAUAAGAGGAAGUAA